AUAGGCUGCUGAUUCAAGUGGACCAAAACAUGGAGCAGUACACCAUGCCGCUGCGGUCGGGAUACUGCCGGACGGCUAUCUUCGCCGCGGCUUUGAUUUUUAUUAUAUUUGUGAAGCAAAUUGAUUCUAAGACUUGUACAGGAUGUCAAGAUGCUUACAAAUGCAAUUGCACUGGACUGAAAGGCAAAAGUGGAAUAGAAGGUAUUCACGGAUUGCCUGGAAUAACAGGUGAUUAUGGUGAUACUGGAUACGAUGGACCUCAAGGUAUGAAAGGCGAAAAAGGUGAAAUAGGGGACCGUGGCCAUAUGGGUGACAAAGGAUUGAGGGGUGAUGAAGGUCAAAGAGGAAAUAUUGGUCGGCCAGGGAAUCCUGGAGUUCAUGGAGAACCUGGAAUAGUAGGUCCUGCGGGUAUUGAUGGUUGUAAUGGAACAGAUGGUAUGCACGGCAACAUGGGAGGACCAGGUUAUCCAGGAAUUCGCGGCGGAUUAGGCGCUGAAGGUUUACAAGGUCCCCAAGGUGAACCUGGUGAAGGCGGAGGUAAUUCUGUGGGCACCAAAGGUGAUAGAGGGCAACCUGCACUUUACGGAAACCCCGGCCUUGUUGGCGAUAGUGGACCAAGAGGUUACCCUGGUUACAGAGGUCAAAGUGGAGAAAUGGGAAAAAUGGGAAGUUACGGACCUGCUGGACUUCGCGGUGAUGUGGGAGAAACAACAAUGAGCAAAGAGGGUGAAAAGGGAGAUGAUGGUGAAAUUGGUGAACCUGGUCCACCUGGCGAUAUAGAGGGUCUUCAAGAAUUGAAUCCUUUACCACCUAUUAUGUUAUCCAAAGGAAUUAAAGGAGAUAAAGGUUUUAUGGGCACUAAGGGCAAAUACGGAAUCAAAGGAAUGUUUGGAAUGCAAGGAGACAUGGGUUUACGUGGUUUGCCAGGUAGAGCAGGUUCAAAAGGUGAACCUGGUAUUGAUGGUCAACGUGGUAAACAGGGUCGAAUCGGUCCAUAUGGUCCAAGUGGCAUAAAAGGAGAUAAAGGUGCUCCAGGAUAUGUAGGAAUGGACGGAACUAAUGGCACGAAGGGAAUUAUGGGCGAAUAUGGUCAAAAGGGGUUACCUGGUCUCCAAGGUCUAGAAGGUCCCAAAGGCAUGUAUGAUCCAACAUUGGAUGAAAUUGUGGAUGGUGUUAUUGGUCGUCAAGGAGACGAAGGUUUGAGAGGAGAUAGAGGUAUUGCUGGUAUACCAGGAAAACCGGGUCCUCCAGGGCCUAUGGGUCCACCAGGGUUACCAGGACCUCAGGGACCAUCAGGUCCGAAAGGAGUAAAAGGAAUAUCAAUAAAAGGAGAACGUGGUGAUGAAGGAAAUAUAGGUUAUCCUGGAGGUUUAGGAGACAUGGGAUUUCCUGGCAUUCCUGGUGCAAUUGGUUUAAAAGGUUUUGCUGGUAUGGAUGUUGUUGGACCUCCUGGUGAAGAUGGCUUGCCCGGUGUUGACGGCUAUACAGGAAGAGCAGGUGACAGGGGUGAUGAUGGAAUAAAAGGUUCUAAGGGUUUCCCUGGACAUUCUGCAAAUCAAAUGGCGGGACCUGCCGGAGAAUCUGGAAAUCCAGGAAUCCCGGGUUUACCUGGAGAUGAUGGACAUCCAGGUUAUGACGGUAUUCAUGGAGAUAAAGGUCGUAGAGGAGAUGACUGCGGUUAUUGUAAACCAGGACCACCCGGUAUGAAAGGUGAAAAAGGUGAUUUUGCUAGAGAUGGUCCACCCGGUGAUCAUGGUUAUACAGGUUUUCCCGGACCACGUGGGCCAAAAGGAUUUAAGGGUCGUGUGGGUAUAAUGGGUGAUAAAGGUCAACAAGGCCCAGCUGGAGCACACGGAAAUGCUGGUGAACAAGGAAAGAAGGGUAAUCCAGGUGUACUUUUAACACCAGUACCACAAAAAAAGCCACCUCGUGGAGAUAUUGGUGCAGUCGGAAGACAAGGAGAGAGUGGAAAUCCGGGUUACCCGGGACUACCCGGUGUUGAUGGACCGCAAGGUCCCAAAGGUCAAUUUGGAGAUAGUGGUCAACCAGGAACACACGGUAAAGAUGGUAGACCAGGUAUUGACGGAGAAUUAGGACAAAAAGGUGAAGCUGCUACAUUUCCAAAAGAAAUGCUCAGAGGCGAUAGAGGAUUUGAUGGUCAAAAAGGAUAUCGCGGUGAAGUUGGAGAGCCAGGAGCACCAGGUAUUCCUGGUGACAGUGGAAUUUACAAUAAAGCCUACUUUGGUGAUCAGGGAAUUAAAGGUCCAGUGGGAAAUCGAGGAUAUGCUGGUAGUUACGGAAGGAAGGGAGAACGUGGUAAUAAAGGUCUACCUGGUUUAUAUGGACCACCUGGUUCACCAGGAUUAUCAGUACAAGGUAUUUCCGGGUUGAAGGGAUAUCCAGGUAUACAAGGAAUUCAGGGACCUAGAGGUCUACCAGGUAAACCUGGCAAAGAUGGACCUAUAGGUUUCGAUGCUGCACCUGGUAUUAAAGGUUCCAUGGGAGAAAUAGCACAGAGCAUUUUAUAUGGAGAAAUGGGACCUUCUGGACUAACUGGAAUUAAAGGAGAGUAUGGCGAUGAAGGUCCUAGAGGAAUUCCGGGAAUAUCAGGAAUUCCUGGUGUAAAAGGAGAGAAGGGUCAAAAAGGUGCCAUUGGUUAUGAAGGAAUGGAAGGGUUAAAAGGAGCUAAGGGUUUACGAGGCAAUAUUGUACAUGGAAUUCGAGGUGAUGUUGGUAUUCCAGGAAGAUUUGGAUUAAUUGGAUUACCAGGUGAUCAAGGUCCAAUUGGGUUUGAUGGAUUACCUGGUAUGUUAGGUGAAAAAGGCCAACAAGGUGAACCAGGCCAUAUAGGAUUAAUUGGAAUUUCUGGAGAGAAAGGAGAACGUGGCUACGAUGGUAGGAUUGGCACACCUGGAAAAUUUGGAUGGCCCGGAAUAGCAGGAGAUAGAGGAGACAUAGGAUAUUUUGGUUUGAAUGGAACCAUAGGAGAAAGAGGUUAUAUUGGUUUGCCUGGUCUAAAAGGUGGUGAUGGUGAUAAGGGAUUGCCUGGAUAUCCAGGAUUAACAGGUCGUCCAGGAUUACGCGGUCUUAAAGGCGACAAAGGAUACAGAGGUUUUAAGGGAAUCGUUGGAGAUUCUGGCUAUAAUGGACCUAUAGGUGAUACAGGUGAUUCUGGUCUACCGGGUGAACCUGGACUUGACGGAUGGCCAGGUAGAAAUGGUCAACCUGGUGAAAAAGGCAAUCCUGGAAUAUAUGUUAUUGGUAGAGAAGGUUUGAAGGGUGAGAAAGGCAACAGAGGAUAUCCCGGAGCAAGUGGAAAGUUUGGAUUGAAGGGAAAACAAGGUGAAAUUGGUGUGAACGGUCCUCCUGGACUCAGAGGUCAACAGGGCAUUAAAGGGCAUCAUGGCAAAGAUGGUAAUCCCGGAUUUGAUGGGCCUAAAGGUGAAAUUGGAAAUAUUGGUAUAAAAGGUAUAUCUGGUUUAAUUGGAGAACGAGGAAUGGAUGGCAAUCCUGGCAAAAUAGGAAGGCCAGGAAUGCCAGGAGAGUUAGGAUUUAUGGGAGAAAUAGGUUUACCCGGUAAUCCUGGAAUAAAAGGAGAUCCCGGACUUCCAGGGUUUACUUCACUCGAUAGAUCAGUUCAGAAGGGAGACCAAGGUAAUCCUGGACUAAAUGGUUACAAUGGCACCCAGGGUGAACAGGGUGACACUGGUUAUAAAGGUGAGACCGGAUUUAAAGGAGAAAGAGGAUAUAUCGGAUUACAAGGACAACAGGGCGAAACGGGACCGGCUGGUUUCAAGGGCCCGGUUGGAGAUAAAGGUUUUCAAGGUCUUCCUGGCUUAACAUCAAAGAAUAAUGAAAAAGGUGAACCUGGAAAUAAUGGUAUGACAGGAACACCUGGUCCAUUUGGAAAUCCUGGACAGAAAGGUGCUCCCGGCGAUGAAGGAUUUUUGGGACCCAUUGGUAUACCGGGCGCUCCAGGUAUAAGUAUUACUGGUACUAAAGGAACAGAAGGAAAAGAAGGCGAGCGUGGUUUACCUGGACAUAUUGGAGAUAUGGGAUAUGACGGCGCUCAAGGACUUCCUGGAUUGAGAGGUCCAAAGGGAUUUGCUGGUGAACCGGGCUAUGCACCAUUAUCAUUAAAAGGAGAAACUGGUGAAAGUGGUGACUUUGGAUAUGAAGGAUAUCAAGGAAAACCAGGUCAAAUGGGAGAUAUUGGAGUACCGGGAUAUCCUGGCUUACCAGGUUUUAAAGGUCUUAGAGGAAUCUUAGGAGAUCAAGGAAUUACUGGACAACGUGGUUUAACAGGCUUCAAGGGCAAUAGGGGCGAGAAAGGAAAUGAAGCAGUAUACCAAAAUUACGGUUUCAAAGGAUAUAAAGGUUCCCGUGGUGAAGAUGGGUUGCCUGGAUUAUCAGGAAUUUUUGGUGUAAAUGGAGCAAUGGGUAUUAAAGGUAUACGAGGAUUGGAUGGUGAAGCGGGUAAAGAUGGAAUACCUGGAUAUGAAGGAAUUAAGGGAGACCGUGGUGAUAAUGGAUUCGACGGUUUAACUGGUAUACAGGGUAUAACUGGUUUACCAGGAGACAGAGGUCCACCUGCACCUAGAGCUGCCGGACCAACGAGUAGAGGUUUCUAUUUUGCCAGACAUUCACAAAGUUCAUACAUGCCGUUCUGUCCAGCAAAUACUGUUAAAAUGUGGGAUGGUUACUCCUUACUUCACAUAAUGGGUAAUGCCAAAGCUCAUGGUCAAGACUUAGGAUCACCGGGUAGUUGCUUAAGAAGAUUCAAUACAAUGCCUUACCUCUUCUGCAAUAUACAAAAUGUAUGCGAUUAUGCCCAAAGAAACGAUUACAGUUAUUGGUUAUCAACAAAUGAACCAAUGCCUGCAAUGAUGACACCAAUACCUGCUGAAGAAACUCAACAAUACAUUUCGAGAUGCACCGUUUGCGAAGCACCUACACGUGUAUUGGCUGUACAUAGUCAAAGUAUGGAAGUUCCUAAUUGUCCAAAUGGUUGGGACCAACUUUGGUUUGGAUACAGCUUCAUAAUGCAUACCGACGCUGGAGCAGAAGGUGGUGGUCAACCAUUAGCAUCACCAGGUUCCUGCUUAGAGGAAUUCCGCCCCAAACCAUUCAUUGAAUGCCAUGGACAUGGAAGGUGCAAUUACUUCAACACCGCACAUUCAUAUUGGCUUGCUACAAUAGAAGAUUACGCUAUGUUCAAAAAGCCAAGACAGCAAACAAUAAAAGCAGGCAAUGAUUUAACGUCGAGGGUCAGCAGAUGCGCUGUGUGUAUCAGAAGAAAAAUUGAAAGCGUUGAUACAAGGAACGUCAUUCCACCUCCAGCGUUCAGGAUCAAACCGCAGAAUAGACGAACGCACAUUUACGAAAAUAACCCAUAUUCUGGGACUCAUUUGAAAACGAAGCGCUUGAGAAGCAGACAAAGAUAUCACCCACAAAAUUAAGUGAUUUUCAAAAGUUAUAUUUGAAUUUGUAUAUUAAUGUAUUAUAAAAAUCCAUAAUAUUUCCUAGCUUUCCUAUUAUGUUAUAAUUAUUAAAUAUAUACUAAAUUAAUUAAUAUUAGUUAAUUUUCAGUGUUCAUUUUUAUGCCAUAUAUUUUAUUAAACUUUUGCUAUUUAAAUGUGUUCGCUUUAUAAACAAACAUAAGCCACUGCCAAAAUUAAAAAGGAUUUCGAAAACUAGUAAUAAAUAUUUUAUAUGUUA